GUUGAUUUUUCUCACCCUGAACCAGGGGGGCUCUGACUCCAUGAAGACCCCGGCUCUGAUUCUGUCGUUGUGGAUGACAGGAACUGACUCCUACAACAUUACCUGAAGCUUGGCCUUGCAGUAUGGGGAGGAUUGGCAUCUCCUGUCUCUUUCCUGCUUCUUGGCAUUUUAGCAUCUCUCCAGUGGGCUGUCCUCGAAUUCUGAACACCAAUUUACGACAAAUCAUUGUCAUUAGCAUCCUGGCUGCAGCUGUCUCCCUUUUAUACUUUUCUGUUGUCAUAAUCCGGAGCAAGUAUGGGUGGCUGUCGAGGGACAAGAAAUUUCAAAGGUACUUAGCCCGAGUCACAGAUGUUGAGGCUACGGACACCAACAACCCCAGCGUGAACUACGGCAUCGUGGUGGACUGCGGCAGUAGUGGGUCUCGGGUCUUUGUCUAUUGCUGGCCUCGGCACAACGGCAAUCCUCAUGAUCUGCUGGACAUCAGACAGAUGAGGGACAAAAACCGGAAGCCAGUGGUGAUGAAAAUUAAACCCGGCAUCUCAGAGUUUGCUACCUCUCCAGAAAAAGUCAGCGAUUACAUUUCUCCACUCCUGAGCUUUGCUGCAGAACAUGUGCCACGGGCAAAACACAAAGAGACCCCUCUCUACAUCCUCUGCACGGCUGGAAUGAGAGUCCUUCCUGAAAGCCAGCAGAAAGCCAUUCUGGAGGACCUCCUGACAGACAUCCCUGUGCACUUUGACUUCCUGUUUUCUGACUCCCACGCCGAAGUCAUCUCAGGAAAACAAGAAGGUGUAUAUGCUUGGAUCGGCAUUAACUUUGUCCUCGGACGGUUUGAGCACAUUGAAGAGGAUGAUGAGGCGGCUGUGGAAGUCAGCAUCCCCGGUAGUGAGAGCAGUGAGGCCAUCGUCCGAAGAAGGACAGCUGGUGUUCUGGACAUGGGAGGCGUGUCUACUCAGAUAGCGUACGAAGUCCCCAAAACUGUAAGCUUUGCCUCCUCACAGCAGGAGGAAAUAGCUAGAAGCUCGUUAGCAGAAUUCAACUUGGGCUGUGACGUCCACCAGACUGAGCAUGUGUACCGAGUUUACGUGGCCACAUUCCUUGGAUUUGGUGGUAAUGCUGCUCGGCAGAGAUAUGAAGACAGACUGUUUGCCAGCACGGCACAGAAAAACAGGCUCCUGGGUAAACAGACUGGUAUGACUCCCGAUGCUCCAUUCCUGGACCCCUGCUUGCCUCUGGACAUUAAAGAUGAGAUCCAGCAAAAUGGGCAGACCCUGUACCUUCGGGGGACAGGAGACUUUGACCUGUGUCGAGAGACCCUCCAACCUUUCAUGAACAAAACCAAUGAGACACAGACUUCUCUCAAUGGAGUCUACCAGCCCCCAAUCCACUUCCAGAACAGUGAAUUCUAUGGCUUCUCUGAAUUCUACUAUUGCACCGAGGAUGUCUUACGAAUGGGAGGAGACUACAAUGCUGCUAAAUUUACUAAAGCUGCCAAGGAUUACUGUGCAACAAAGUGGUCGAUCUUGCGGGAACGCUUUGACCGAGGACUGUAUGCCUCUCACGCUGACCUCCAUCGACUUAAGUAUCAGUGUUUCAAAUCAGCCUGGAUGUUCGAGGUGUUCCACAGGGGCUUCUCCUUUCCUGUCACAUACAAAAACCUGAAGACAGCCCUGCAGGUGUAUGACAAGGAAGUGCAGUGGACACUGGGGGCAAUCCUCUACAGGACCCGCUUUCUGCCCUUGAGAGACAUCAGGCAGGAGGUGUUCCGAGCCGGCCAUGCGCACUGGCGGGGCGUGUCCUUCGUCUACAACCACUAUCUGUUCUCUGGCUGCUUUUUGGUCGUCCUUCUGUCCAUCCUUCUCUACCUGUUGCGGCUGCGGCGCAUCCACCGCAGGGCGCCCCGCACCGCCUCUCUGUGGAUGGAGGAAGGCCUUCCCUCCCAGAAGGGCCCUGGGCCCUUGUGACACUGUGUUGGUCAGCUUGAGGAAGACUCUACAGGAAAAGCCAUUUUUGCCUCAGGGUUUCCCGUAUGCUCAGCCGGUUUUGUUUGUCCCUUUCCUUUCUGUCAUAGCAAAAUCCACUGUUGUAAGCCCUGCUGUCUAGAGGUAUCGCCAUUUUGAAUACAGCUUUAAAUGGAGGAGUGGGAAAAGGGAAUUCGCUCGAUUUCUGCUGCACAGUAUCUGCCACAAAUUAGUAAGGAUUUUGGUUUUCUUUAGGACAUGCUGCAUUCUCAGCACAUUCACUUGGAUAGUGGGGGGCAAUGGGCAAGUCCCCAUCAAUGUCCGUGGGACGUCAGAGUGAGGUAGAUCAGAUCUGUCUCCUCUCUACAGACCUCCAACUUAGAAGCGAGGUGUUUGAUUUUACUUACUGCUCAGGCCUGCCACUAUCUAUGUUUUCUUUGCUAGCCGUUCAUAGCAAAAGUCGAGAAAAUGUUAGCGCAGGGAGGUAACCCUGAAGCCAUGAAUGGUGGGAACUACUGAGGAGAGCCUUGCCUUGCUGCAGCCGAAGCACACACCUGUAAACCAGCUGUCCUUGGCCUUGUGUUCAGGACCUCUGUUGCCCUCUUACAGUGGCAUUAGGGUUUUUGUUUUUGUGUUCAUCUGUUUUGU